CUAGACAAAGUUGUUUUUUUUUUUUUUUGUUUUUGUUUUUUUUUUAAAUCACAUUUGCUAAUUCUCACAUAGUAAUGUGUCCACCAUCUUCACUGUGGUCUGUCAGUUCCCCCAGAUCAGUUGCCUGCUUCUCCCUUUUGAAAAGGCAAUUUUAGAUGUAGUGCAGAUGCAGCUCAGGUGCAGUGGUUGUCAUUAGCUUUCCCCUUGACCUGACCUAAACUCCACCACUUUCCUAGUCUAUACAAACCCUGAGCAUCAUGGUUAUACUGUUCCCUCAUUGCAAAGCAAUCAUUAGUCAUCAAGUUUCCCCAUUGGGAACUAAUGGUUUCAUUCCCAGUUGCUCUGAUGUUGCUUCAGGUUGUGUUGGAGAGCAGAUACUUUUACUACCAUUUUCCUUACUUAAAAUAUAUUGAACUAUAAUAAAGGGCAGGGAUAGGGGAAAAUGUCAUUUCCCCUCUGUAACAACAAGAAGAUAGGGUCAGUCAAAGGGAUUCCCUUAUUCCCCAUCACCAUCCCAAUCCCCGCUGUUGUUCAAUUGCUUGUCAAUAUUUUUUCUAAAGGGCUGGGAAGAGGAUUCCCUAGUAAAAAUGACUUGUAACUAAGCAAAAUACCUAUGCAUUUGGCCCCUAAAGCAGUUGUGGCCCAGGCCCGCAGGAGGUCACUCCUGAAGAUAUCUCCUUCCUAAUCAGAUGCAUGUUGCCUAUUAUUUGGGAAAUGCAAUCCCUAUCUAGGUCGGGAUGGGAAAAAUGGAAGUGACGUUUCUCUUGAGCUCACCCCUGGGAGAUGCUGCAAAUGUGUAGAAAAUGAAAUCCAUGUGGUAUGUGAUAGAGGUGCAGAAAGAUAUCUAUUUUUAAGAUACCUGAUAUUUGGUGUCUUACAGGGAUUCUAAGCAGCACCUGAAUUUAGUUCCUAAUUUAAAUCUGUGCCACCAGAUUAAAGGAAUAAAAGGGCAUAGUUGGGGGAGUUCUAACUCAAUAUCGCUACUGAUAUGUUGUGUGAUUGGUGAAGAAUUCUACUCCAGAGAAGUGUAAAAUUACUCCAAGUAAGGUCAAAGAUUUGACAAGAACUCAGGUAGAAAUUGCACGUGCUAGUAAUUGAUUUUCAUCCCCGAGAUGGAAGCUAUGGUGACCUGUGGCCCAGGUAAACUAUUUUUUAGAACCCUGCUCUCCUGUUAAGUGGCACUGAUCCCACUCCUAAAGGAUGUCAUGAUUACAUUGGGUACAACUCUCUCUUACCAUUUGGAUCCAAAGUUUCAUGAAGCUCAGAGAGAAACAGCUGAUUCCUUCAGAGCCAUUCUAUGCCUAUGUGUCCCAAUCUGGCUGCCUUUUUGGACAAGAAGCACUUCCAUGCUGGGCAAAUGAUGGUAGCCAGUGAGGGAAUGUAUCCGAUUCCCAGUUCAGACUGCAGGAUACAUGAAUGCUAAGUCCAGAAUCUGUGGUUUGGUCUCUUAGUUUUGCUAUUAAGUCUAAUGCAGUUGUAUCACUUCUCCUCCUCCUGCUACUUUGAAAGAUUAGAAAGUGUGAAAAUAGAGCACAGGUGUUUUUUCUCAUGAUGCGAUCUUCCCAUGUAGCGUGAGACCCCCUUCCACCCGCACUUCUGGGAGAAGACGCAGGGAGAAAUGAACUCACAGAAAUGGAAGGCUCCUAGGUUAUUGUAGAAUGUGACUUCACACACAUCUCACUGGGUGGAAAUGGGAAUUAAGAGAAAACUGCCCUAUACUUUUAUAUUUUGUAAUCGUUAAAUAAAUUGUUACCAGCGACAAUGAAAUUUAACAUGAAAUAAUUUAGUGUUACGGAAGAAGCUGAUCAUGUGGUCAACUUUCAGAGUUACAAUAUAAUUCAGGUUUUCUUCUUCUUCUCUCCCUGCCCCCUUUUACUACAUAGCUAAUGGUGGCUAAUCCUAAAAUUAAAACUUAACUCCAAAAGAAUUAGAGUGGGGGAAUAUGUGAGAGAAAUAGCAUGAAUUAGAAUAGAGACCCAGUAUAGACUGUAAUUAUUUCUAUUUAAAAUGGAAUUUAUUUUGAUAAAUUUUAAAAUAAAUUUUACAUUAAGAGGAAAAUUGCUUAAGGCAAGAUGUAUAGCCUUUUACCCAGUUAGAGGGUAACAGCCACAGAGUUCUCGAGGUCUGUUUGCAAAGGAAAGAUGUCACAUCAGGCAGGAGAUAUCAAAAUCUAAAAUGGUAAUGGAUGUGUGACAGUAGCUUUUCUGGGGGGUGGGGUUUUUUGGAUUUUGUGUUUUGUUUCAUUUUUUAAUUUAAUUUAAAUUUUUCAACCAGUUAUUUUUAUAGGUGCUGAGCACUGCUGUUAAACCCUCAGGCCUGACUUUGGAAAUCUCCCCAAACCUGGCCUUGUGUGUCUUUUAUACUUGAUAUUUUUGGGGUUCACACAUCCACACUACAUGCGGUUCACAGCAACAGAUACUUUGAGAAACCUGCUGGGUUAAGUGGGCCUUUCCCAAACUGACAUUAGCCCAAAGUCUGCCUCAAUUCAGCUGGAUUGGGACAGAUCUGUAUUAAAAGAGUGGUUCACACCUGAUUUGUCCAGAAACCUCAGGGGAUGUGCAGUAAGAUAGGAUAAGUGGGAAACAACAACAAUAUUGUUAAAGGUAAGGGUGACAGACCUUCACCUUGCAGAUCAACAUGCCUGUUCUGUUCAUUCCCUCUGAUGCAUCUGGCACUGGUCACUCUCAGGCAGCACACUGGGCUAGAUGGACCAUUGGUCUGACCCAUUAUGACCAGUCUUGCGUUCUUAUGCAAGUCAUCCUAUGCCUGGUCUACACUGGCAAGUUUCUGCGUAGUAAAGCAGAUUUCUGCAGUGUAAUUGCCGAGGUGUACACACUGCCAAGCCACUUAGUGAGCAGAAACUGUGAAGUUGCAGUGCUGUAAAAAUACCACCCCAAUGAGAGAUGUAGAGCUUUCUGUGCAAAGGCUACAGCAUCGUGGUGCCAGUGUAGACACUCUGGUCGAUUACAGCGCUGCGAUUGGCCUCCAAGAGGUGUCCCACAAUUCCUGUUCUCGCCUCUCUGGUCAUCGGUUUGAACUCUACUGUACCGCCCGCAGGAGACCAACCAUGAACCCCACCCCUUAAAUUCCUUGGGAAUUUUGAAAGUCCUCUUCCUGUGUGCUCAGUGACGCAUGCAGUGGUCUCAGCACAUCUUUCCAGGUGACCACACCUGCUCCACGCAUCAGGCGAUCCCCAGCUUGGAGCAAUGUUGAGCUGCUGGACCUCAUCAGCAUUUGGGAGAGGAGGCUGUCCACUCCCAGCUUUUCUCCAGCCAUAGGAUACGUAUGGACAGAUUUCACGAUGCAUGAGAGAAAGGGGCCAUGACAGGGACACACUGCAAUCCAGGGUGAAAGUGAAGGAGCUGUGGAAGGCCUACUCCAUGGUGCGGGAGGCAAACCACCACUCUGGUGCUGCACUCAUGACCUCCCAGUUCUACAAAGAGCUGGAUUUGAUACUUGGUGGUGACCGCACCUCCACUGCGAAGUCCAAUGUGGAUACUUGGGUGGCUCACAUGCCAGUUGAGAGUGGACUGAGCCAGGAGGAAGAAAUCUUGGAUGAGGAGGUGGAGGGAGACCCAAAGGCAGAUGAUGAGUCAGAGGUCAGAGAUGCAUGUAGCCAGGAGUUCUUCUCUACCCCGGAGGAGGCUAGCCAGUCACAACUGUCGGAGUUUGGUGAAGUGCAAACAGAAGAGGAGGCCCCUGGACAGAGAGGACAGACAGAAAUCCAUCUUCUCCAACCCAUCCUAAUCCAAAUCUCCAAUAUUGCAACCAGUGUAGAUGUGGUCUUCAGAAACACCCCAUGCACCUCGGCCGAGCUUCUCCGCCAGAUGAGAAAGGGCCCAAGAUGCAGAAUAGAUGACAUGUUCCGGGAGGUCAUGCAGUCCUCCAGUGCAGAGAAAAGGAAACAAAAGCAGUGCUGGGAAGCUGAACGGCAGGACAGAAAAGAGAAUCAUGCAUUUGUUAAGGAUGCUACUGAGCGGAUAAUUAAAGUAAUGGAGGAGCAAACACAGAUGCUGAAGUCCUUAAUAGAGCUGCAGCAUCAGCAGAUCAGUGCUAGACCUUCAUUGCAACACAUUCAGAACUCUUUCCCCUGUCCCCCCAACUCCACCCAUACAUUCCUUUCCACCUUCCGUGACGUCUCAGUUUCCCCUUCACUCCACCCCCUGAACAAAUUUCACAAUGAGAGCUGGACCUACACACAGCUGUGAGAGUCUGGUCUUCCCUAGUUCCUCCUUUCCUGCCAAGCAACUGUACGUUUGUGUGCGAGUUUCUUGUGUAAUGAAAGCAAACUUUUAUAAUGGUAAAUCCUCCUUAUUUUUUUUUCUAUACGAUGAGAUAGCAGGAAGUGCCAAUACAUUCAUAAGCAUUUUAAUCACUUUAUUACAGGAAUCUAAGGCCCUAAAUGUCACCAUUGCCCCCAAGGAAAACAACAUGGCAUAUAACAUUGAAGCAGCUUAGAAAGAGAUAUGUUACAGGAGGUCAUGUCAAAGUGCUGCCUCAAAGCCUCCCUAAUUUGAAUAGCUCCCCUCUGGGCUCCUCUGACAGCCCUGGUAUCUGGCUGCUCAAAAUCAGUGGCCAAGCGGUCUGCCUCAGCACUCCACCCACGAGCAAACCUUUCACCCAUAGCAUCACAGAGAUUAUGCUACGUACAGCACACGGCUAUGACCACGGGAAUGUUAUCCACAUUGAGGUCUAACCUUCCAAAAAGUCAUCGCCAGCGCGCCUUUAAUCUGCCAAAGGCACAUUUCACUGUCAUCCAGCACCUACUCAGCUGUUGUUGAAAUGCUCCUUACUGCUUUCCUGGUGUCCUGUGUAAGGUUUCCUGAGCCAUGGCUGUAAGGGGUAUGCUGGGUCUCCCAGAAUCACUAUGGGCAUUUCAACAACCCCCACUGUAAUCUCGUGGCUGGGAAAGAAAGUCCGCGCUUGCAGCUUUCUGUUACAACAAGCUACAAAACAUUGAACCCACUAUAUAAUCAUGAAGUGCAAGGGCGCUGGGAACCCCCAGAUUAAUGGAUCCGGACUGGCCAUUGGCUGAAAUCUGUCUGUAUAUUGGGAUUGGUGAACGUAAGAAAUUUGCUUGGUAUUUUACGUUAUGUGUGUGUGUUGCUAAUAAAUAGAUGUUU